CGUCAAAACCGUUGUUUACAGUAAAAUUUAUUUUGUUCAGCGCACAACACGAAAACAACUCGCAUCGUCCGCGUCGUACCGAUUGUGUAUUUCCACUUUUCUCCCAUUUUUUUUGCUCAAUUCCAAUCAUCUUUCGCAUCCAAAAUGGGCGACAACUUUGGCAUUCACCGUGGGCACGGCAAGAAGGUGUCCGAAAUGGUGGAAGACCGCACCCAGGGACAGGUUUUGAGCGACUUCAUGAUGCAGCUGGAGGACUACACGCCGACGAUUCCCGAUGCAGUCACCUCCUUCUAUCUAAACUCGGCCGGUUUCGAGGGUGCCGAUCCCCGAAUCGUCCGGUUGAUUUCGAUUGCGGCCCAAAAGUUUGUGUCGGAUGUUGCCAACGAUGCGCUGCAGCACUGCAAAACGCGCACGAACAGUGCGCCGAGCUCCGGGCACGGGUCGUCCAAAAACCAGAACCAGAAAUCGUCCAAAGAUCGCAAGUACACGCUCACGAUGGAAGAUUUGCAGCCGGCACUGAACGAUUACGGCAUUACUGUUCGCAAAGCGCACUAUUUCGUCUAGACAGGGAAGGAGGUUUAGGGUGUGUGUGUGUGCAAAUUGCCACUGGAGGGGGAAUGUUGUGCAGGUUGGAAGGGGGCGAGGGAAUUACAAGAAGAAAAAAAAUGUAUCUUUAUAAUGGCUGGUAUUAUUGAAUCCAUUCGUAGCGGGGACUUACGGCGCGCACAUGAAAUUCUAGGAAUGGCAACGCAUUUCUUGAGCCCGCUCCUACAACGCCACGGUGAAUAACUGUAGCAACCAUCUAGUACGUUAGGAAAAUGAGUGUCGGGACGUACGCCGCCGCUACGAACGGAUUCAAUAAUAACAGCCAAUAUCCUUUUAAAGAGAAAAUGGUAAAAUGCUAACGAAAUAAUCAAUUGGAUGUAAAUUUGAUGAGAAAUAAGUAAUAAAGUGAUUUUCCAUUCUAAGGGUA